GGUCAAAAAUAUAUAUUUCCUUUUUAUAAAUAUACUGUCAUAAUGAUAUGCAAAAAGGAAAUAUCACUCGAGCUAGAUUUCCUAUUUUAAUUUGUUAUCGGUCGUUACGGAUGUUUCCUUUUUUGUAAUAACUCUUUACUUUCCAUAAUUAGGCUCGAAGGUGAAUAAUUUAGACCUUAUAAAUAAACCUCUAACCCUCUCAUUGUUUCUCACAAAUCACUCGUUCAUAGUUUGCAGAAAAUUACAACAACAUAUCGAAGAAUUUAUCUUUCUUUAUCAUCACAUCUCUCUUCAAGAUAUGUCGAUUGUGUUAAGACACCGGUUCCUUGUCACAGACCUUUUUGUCGUUCCGUUUCACACAAGACAUGGAAUCGCUUUUCACUACAUCGCUCGUAACUCUGUUUUACAUAUUCAUCAAAAGGUUCCAAUCGCCGCUUUGAAACGCUCACCAAAAGCUCCUCUUAAACCUUCAAAACCCUUGCAAACUAAACCGGGUCCGGUUCAAGCUCUGAGCACGAUCGACACUGUGCUGCCGCUGAAUCAAGAACAAGAACUGCUUGGUGGUUCGAUCACAGUGGGUGCUGCUGCUCCAUCUGAAACUAAACCUGAUGGGGAGCCGUUUAAAGCUCCGAGCACGAUCAAGACUGUGCGAUGGCAGAAACCACAGAAAGAACGGUUUGCUAGUUCCGUCACAAUGUGUGCUGCUCCAUCGCCUAGACACGUGCCGGUUCCAAUGUUCUCUCUUAGAGAUAAUUAAUUAAGGAGUUCAAGGUGUUUAUAUUUGUUAUCUUUGUUACAGUGGAAAAUCUUUCUUUUACUUUAGUGUAGUCAUGAGUGCUCUCAGUAGCUACUGUCAAAGGUCCACAAAUCAUAAACAGUAUUCUUCUUCUUUUUCAAAUCUUUGUACUAUUGUUUUUUAUUUACCUGUCAGUGUUUCCAAUAUGAGUUCAUGGAAACGUUCUGCAUAUAAACUAAAUUACUGAAUUAUCAGUUUGUCAUCGUCUCUUCUCCCCUCUUUUGGGGAUAAUAUUGGAAGUCGGUUUUAAAAAAAUCUUUGUAAUUAAAUAAUUUUGGUUAUUUAUAAUACUUUCUGAGUAUAAAAUUGAUUUACUUCUUUGAAAAAUAAUUGAUAGAGUUCUUAUUUAUCAUAUAUAAAGAAUCUGUACAUAUACAACACAUAACUAAUUUAAUAUUACUAUCUUACAAGAAUCUCUCAACACGAUUAAUUUAUGAGAAAUUAUUUGAAAUAGCACAAAUUAGAUACUAUUUUUUAAGAUGCAUUUAAUUAA